AUGACCAAAUGCGCCAUGACUCCCUAUGUGAAGCUCUUAUUGCAAAACGGAAUGUUCCUGUCAGGCCCAUGUCUGUGAAUCUCAGACUUUAAUAUUUUAGUAGGAAGAACCUUUCAAGCAACCCAGAGAGAGAGAGAGCUAGCUAAGAUGGAGUGCGCUUGGAAACCAGACGAGCAAGGACUUCAACAGAUUCUUCAGCUUCUGAAGGAGUCCCAGUCUCCGGAUACCACAACGCAAAGAUCCGUCCAACAAAAACUGGAGCAACUCAACCAGUAUCCAGACUUCAACAACUACCUGAUAUUUGUCCUGACAAAGUUAAAAUCGGAAGAUGAGCCCACUCGCUCCCUAAGUGGACUCAUCCUCAAGAACAAUGUGAAGGCCCACUACCAGAACUUCCCCAACGGCGUGUCUGAGUUCAUCAAGAACGAGUGCCUGGAGAAUAUUGGAGAUUCUUCGCCUCUGAUCCGGGCCACUGUGGGUAUCCUUAUCACCACCAUCGCUUCAAAGGGCGAACUGCAGAACUGGCCAGAGCUUCUGCCCAAACUAUGUCAGCUUUUGGAUUCAGAAGACUACAACACAUGCGAGGGGGCGUUUGGAGCGCUGCAGAAGAUCUGCGAGGACUCGGCCGAGAUCCUGGACAGUGACAUGCUGGACCGGCCGCUCAACGUCAUGAUCCCCAAGUUCCUCCAGUUCUUCAAGCACAACAGCCCCAAGAUACGGUCUCAUGCCAUCGCUUGUGUUAAUCAGUUCAUCAUCAGCCGCACUCAGGCACUGAUGCUUCACAUCGACCCCUUCAUUGAGAAUCUGUUUGCCCUGGCGACGGACGAGGAGCCGGAGGUUCGUAAGAACGUGUGCAGAGCUCUGGUCAUGCUGCUGGAGGUGCGCAUGGACCGUCUGCUCCCCCACAUGCACAACAUCAUCCAGUACAUGCUGCAGCGUACGCAGGACCAGGAUGAGAACGUGGCGUUGGAAGCCUGCGAGUUCUGGCUGACGCUCGCUGAGCAGCCUGUGUGUAAGGACGUGCUGUCUGGACACCUGGCACAGCUCACUCCAGUGCUGGUCAAUGGGAUGAGAUACUCAGAGAUCGACAUCAUUCUCCUGAAGGGCGACGUGGAGGAGGAGGACGAGGCCAUCCCUGACAACGAGCAGGACAUCCGGCCCAGAUUCCACCGCUCGCGCACCGUUGCCCAGCAACACGAGGGGGGCGACGGCAUCGAAGAGGACGAUGAUGACGAUGACGACCUGGACGAUGACGACACCAUCUCUGACUGGAACCUGAGGAAGUGUUCUGCGGCUGCACUAGACGUUCUAGCGAACGUGUUCCGCGACGAGCUGCUGCUGCACAUCCUCCCUCUGCUCAAGGAGCUGCUGUUCCACCAGGAGUGGGUCGUCAAGGAGUCGGGCAUCCUGGUGCUGGGAGCUAUCGCAGAGGGCUGUAUGCAGGGUAUGAUUGCGUACCUGCCCGAGCUGAUCCCACACCUGGUGCAGUGCCUGUCGGACAAGAAGGCUCUGGUGCGCUCCAUCGCCUGCUGGACGCUGAGCCGCUACGCCCACUGGGUGGUCAGCCAGCCGCCCGACCAGUACCUCAAGCCCCUGAUGACCGAGCUGCUCAAGCGCAUCCUCGACGGCAACAAGAGGGUGCAGGAGGCCGCCUGCAGUGCGUUUGCCACCCUGGAGGAGGAGGCCUGUACGGAGCUGGUUCCGUAUCUGGCCUUCAUCCUGGACACGCUGGUGUUCGCCUUCAGCAAGUACCAGCACAAGAACCUGCUCAUCCUCUACGACGCCAUCGGGACACUCGCAGACUCUGUGGGACACCACCUCAACAAACCGGAGUAUAUCCAGAUGUUGAUGCCUCCACUGAUUCAGAAAUGGAACCAACUGAAGGAUGAGGACAAAGACCUUUUCCCUUUGCUGGAGUGUCUCUCGUCCGUGGCCACUGCUCUACAGAGUGGCUUCCUGCCCUACUGUGAGCCGGUGUAUCAGCGCUGUGUCAACCUGGUGCAGAAGACCCUCGCGCAGGCCAUGGUGAAUUUGCACCAGUCCCAGCCAGAUGCGUACGAGUCCCCUGAUAAGGACUUCAUGAUCGUGGCCCUGGAUCUGCUCAGUGGAUUGGCUGAGGGACUGGGCGGCAACAUCGAACAGCUGGUUGCCCGUAGCAACAUCCUCACCCUCAUGUACCAGUGUAUGCAGGACAAAAUGCCAGAGGUUCGCCAGAGCUCUUUUGCUCUGCUGGGAGACCUCACCAAAGCCUGCUUCCAGCACGUCAAACCUUGCAUUGCGGAUUUCAUGCCCAUAUUGGGGACUAACCUGAACCCUGAACUGAUCUCUGUGUGCAACAAUGCAACGUGGGCUAUCGGAGAGAUAUCCAUUCAGAUGGGUGCUGACAUGCAGCCCUACGUUGCUAUGGUAUUGCACCAGCUGAUUGAGAUCAUUAACAGGCCCAACACCCCAAAGACCCUACUGGAGAACACAGCAAUAACAAUUGGUCGUCUUGGUUACGUUUGUCCUCAAGAGGUGGCACCCAUGCUACAGCAGUUUAUAAGACCCUGGUGCACUUCCCUGCGGAACAUAAGAGACAAUGAGGAGAAGGACUCGGCAUUCCGAGGGAUCUGCACCAUGAUCACAGUCAACCCCGGAGGAGUGGUGCAGGACUUUAUAUUUUUCUGUGAUGCUGUGGCCUCAUGGGUGAGCCCAAAGGAUGACCUGAGAGACAUGUUCUACAAGAUCCUCCAUGGCUUUAAGGACCAGGUCGGUGAAGAGAACUGGUGCCGGUUCUCCGACCAGUUCCCGCUCCCCCUGAAGGAACGCCUCGCCGCGUUCUACGGAGUCUAACUGUUCCCCCUAGCAACAGGCAGGCCUCAGGAGGUCAUUCUCUAUAGGCGUUAAACAGGGAGCCUCUUAUACCCAGGGAAUAUGUUGCCCUUUACUGGGGGAAGGGUGGUGUGGCUGGGGAGGGGGGAGGGAUAGGGCCCCCCCGGACCCCUCUGGAUGGGGUGGGAGGGAGGUGAUGGGACAGUCGGCCCCGGCGGCGGGAAUCACCAAAAUCCAAACGGGAUUCGGCUGACUUCACCGAGGGAGGAAAAACUUCACCAUUUCACCGUGGCAAGACCCAACGACGCCAAACAACAGCAAAAACACAACACGACACCCUCUCGGCACUCUCAUCUGAACAAUCAGCUCCACGUCUCUGCGCUGAUAGGGGGGGAGGCAAAAACAAACUAAAACAAAAACCAGGGAAAGGGAGGGAAAAAUGCCAGAGAGGGAGAGAAAAGGUGAAGAAAUCACCGGGCGUCGUCGUGUUGGGUGAAAUCCGUUGGGUUUAAGUUUAUAGUAAAGGAAGUGCCUACUGUGCAACUUACUCAAGUUUAGUGCUAAAUAGGGGAUUUAAAAUCCAGCCGCUUCUUGUCUUCUGGAACGUACCAUUACAGGAGGGAUGGGGGGGGAGGGCUUAUGGCUGACCUAGGCGUCCCAUAAGGUAAUAAGCAUGGAGGGGAUAGUUUAAACUCAAAUGCAUGAAGAUGAAGAAACUUUAUAGUGCAGACUGUCCGUCGAGUGUAUGGCCACAAAAGCAUAGCUGAAACUGUAAACAGUGCUCAGUGGUAAACGGUAAAGAAGUACACUUAACGAAGUACACUUAAGUACACUUAAUUAAGUACAUGUGGGAAGCAUCUCCUGGCCCAUCUCUCUGCCUCCACAUAUGUAUGGGAGCCAGAGGAAGAGGGCUCUGAAAGGCAUCCCAAUAUCCCCGUAGUCAUAUCUCCGACUGUGGAAAUGUUUGCUUAGUAAUGAGGCGUAACAGCUCAUUUGUUACCCUUUAGGACAACAGAACCGUUUAUCACAGUUUGCACCCGUGCGACAUGCUCUUCUUUUCUUUUGUGUCCGUUGAUCAUUUCUUGUGCUUGGAAGUGGCUUGUCUUAACUGAUGAAUUUAAAAUGGCAUGCCCAAAUGGAAGCAUUGAGGCUUGUACAGCAAUGGACUACAGUACUUUACGUAUGUCUCUGUAUGUGUGCGUAUGUGUGUGUGUGUGUGUGUGUGUGUGCGCGUGUUUACAUGUGCGGUAGUCUGAGAUGUGCCCGUAUUUCUGCCUAAACCGAAACGAUCUACUGGUCUGUCACCCAUUUCUGUGGUGCCUAGUUAUUCUGCAGUCUUGGUGCUCUCAUUAAAGAAUGUGAUCAUCAUCACUCCUCAGAGACACACCACUUGUAAUGUUUCACGUAUCGUGGUGAGAUUACUGUACAGUAUGUGGUCUGCCAUUAUGAGUGUGUGUGUGUGUGUGUGUGUGUCUGUGUCUGUCUGGAUGUAGUUUGUGUGUGUGUGUGUGUGUAACAGUAAAGUGUGUGUGUGUGUGUGUGUGUGUGUGUGUGUGUGUGUGUGUGUGUGUGUGUGUGUGUGUGUGUGUGUGUAUGUGUGUGUGUACUGUGUAUAGAGUGUUUGGGGUUGUUAGGGGUAUAGAAGAGGCUGUGUACAAUGCAUCGGUGAAUCCUCUCCUCUGCUGGUCUGAUCGUCUCUGUGACUUCUGCUCGACUCCUCAGCUCAAACUGUCCGUAGUUCUUGCUAACUGUGUCUGUUGCGUACAAGUGUUGACUUCUCAUCAGUGUAUUUGUAUCUAUCAGUAUGUUUGUUUUUUGCUUUUGUGAAGGGUAUGGGUGUUCUUGAGUGCUUUUUUCUGUUGUUUCUUUUUGGUUGGCGUUUUUCUAAUUAGCAAGAUACUCGCUGAUUGGUUCAUGCAUGUAUGUUGGUGGCCCUAUGACCAUUCACACUAGGUGUGUGGUCUUAAACAACAAGAAGAAGAAAAGAGAGGAAAACCCUAGAGCUGUAUUUUCGCUCCUGUCUUAGCUGCUGGAUUUGGGCACCGCACUUAAUUGCAUCAUUAAUUAGAACCCCAAGUUCGGCGGUGGAACUAAGCAGAGGGCACUGUUCCGUGUUCUGUUCUGUACUGUACUGUGAAUAGCAGAACACAAACUGCUUUGUGAUCUGGUACAUGCUUUUUUUGUUUGUUUCUGGCUGUUUGUUUGUGAUGCAACGAUCUUCUGAGAAAGCAAAGUCACCUGAUUGUAUCUCAUGCAUGGUGAGAAGAGGACACAAUCUUUCAUAGAGGCCAACCUAUCAGCUUGCUCUGCUGGACAGAGUGACGCAUCUCGUAGUGUUGUUUUCUGUACCUAAAGGAUGUAAUCAUACCAGUGACUAAGAACUAUAACAGACUGUAUUGUAAACCCCUUGGCUAUGGAGUACACUUUUGAAUUACAAAAGACUUCUUUUAUCACCUGGCCUUGAUUUCCGUAGCCGUCUAUCAGUCAGACUAAGGUGUUCUUAAAAACACAUGAUCAUAUUUAAGUGUACCAGUAAUUACGAAUUAUUGAAGCUGAAUUUGUUAUUAUUGGUUGCUAUACAUUAGUUUAAUAAUUAUUUAUUCUUUACUACCAGUGGUAAUUAUUUCUCCCAUAUGUCGUUCAUCUCACUAUGCAUACAAGGAGGGUAGAACCACGCUGAAAAAGGGUUCCACGUAAUUCUGGAACUGUAACAGAGAGAACAGCAUGGGAUGCCUUCAGGUGCCUGUUCUUCUGAAUGUUUAUUUGGUUGUUGUUUUGUUAUCUUUGAUUGUGAUUCCCCUCCUGUGUGCAAAACGAAUGUGUCGAAAUCAUGUUUGUCACAUUCCAGCAGUUCUGGCAUGCUUGGAAACCAGAGGCAUAGUCCUAGUCCUAUUUAAUUUUACACUAUUCAAGUCUCAUGCAAUUCAAAGUAACAAACAAACGAUGAUGAUAAUAAUAGUAAUAAUAAUAAUAAUAAUAAUAAUAAUAAUAAAACAUUAUUUAAAAUGAAUAAAUAAGUACAGUAUGAAGUUUUAUGUUGCUGUCUUACAGGCUGCUGCUAAGUGUUUUUGUAGUUUUUUUUUUUUUUACUUGAAUAUGUUGUCAUAGAAACCUCAGGAGGUCUGUGUUUACUGUUUUUCUUUUUCUAAUUUUAUUUCAUUUCUUUUUUUUGUAAUGGAUGUAAUGUAUGCCUGUUCAAGUGUGUUAUGUAUGUAUGUAUGUACGUACAUAUGUAUUUAUGGUAUGUAUGUAUGUACGUACGUAUGUGUGUUAUGUAUGUAUGCCUUGGUUGUUGUAUUAUCUCCUUGUGCGUGUGACGUAGACGGAGUCCAACUUCCCUUCUGCUACGCCUGCUUACUAAAGACAGCCAGACAACGCUGCCAGAAACACCUGCUCCUCUGCAAAAAUCACCCACAUUUAGAAACUUGCUAGAGGAAAUACAAUCAUUGUUGAAAUCAAGGUUUAAAAAGACAGAUUUCUUUACAUAGAGGAGUAUGGGCAAGCUGUCUAGUUAGCGGGGUUGUAGUUUUGAUUCACAAAUUAAGGUGAAUUAUGUAUAUGAAGUGCAGUAUUUACUGUAAGGAUGCCUUGCAAUUGGAAGCCCAGUAUUGUUUGUGAGAAUAUUGCACAUAAUUAAGUAGCCUAUAUCUGAGGUGGCCAAGUGAAUAAAAUAGCCUAUACAAAUUUUCAGUUUAAGAUGUGAAUUCUAAUGGCUUUGUGAAAUGUUUUCCUACUUGCUGAUUAUACCCGCGGACUACUGUAAGCAUUACAAUGUCUCUUUUGUGUGAGAAAAUUUGAAUUAAUCUUGGCUCCAGACUAUCUAAGCCAUGUAAACUUGAGUUUUGACUUCUUGUUCAGCCCUUCACCCUUUUUGCUAACAUGAACAGCACUGUGGCUGUUGUUUGUUUUCUGAAGCUGCUGAAUUUUAAGAAGAAAAAAAAAAAAAUUUUUGGGGCCACCAAAUAUUUUGGAUCAUGCAAAGACUCUAUAUUGUACUGUAGUAAUUUUGUAAUGACAUUUGUAUGAUGUAGUGAUGGUCGUGGAUGCUUGGAUCUGUACAAUGUUAAAAAAUAAAUUGUUUACAUAAACAAGCCUUGAGCACGAGUCAAUGCUAAUAUGUU